AGAACCCGACGGAUGGGGCGUGGGAGGGCGCGAGAUGGAGCCCGGGGCUCGCCUGAAGGAUCGCGGGGCGCGAGUGCAGCAUGUCUGCCGGAGCUGGGACCGGCAAUGGGGCGUUGAUCCUUCCCACUUGUCGCAGACCCUCGUCCGCCGCGUCGGAGCUAACUCUGAACAAUCUCUGACUUCGGACCCUUCGGGGAACCUGAACUUGAUGCCAUGGGAAGCUGUGCGGGCUCGCGGUGGCGGCGCCUUUCGGAUUCCGAGGGGGAGGAGGCCGCCCCGGAGCCCCGGGCCCCUCAGCUGGACCAUCAGGGUGCCCACUGGAAGAACGCGGUGGGCUUCUGGCUCCUGGGCCUUUGCAACAACUUCUCUUAUGUGGUGAUGCUAAGUGCUGCCCAUGACAUCCUUAGCCAGGAGAGAGCACCUGGAAACCAGAGCCAUGUGGACCCAGGCCCAACGCCCAUCCCCCACAAUAGUUCAUCUCGAUUUGACUGCAACUCUGUUUCCACGGCUGCGGUGCUCCUGGCAGACAUCCUCCCCACCCUUGUCAUCAAAUUGCUGGCUCCUUUUGGCUUUCAUCUGCUGCCCUACAGCCCUCGGGUUUUGUUCAGUGGGGUUUGUGCUGCUGGGAGCUUCAUCCUGGUUGCCUUUUCUCAUUCAGUGGCAAUCAGCCUGUGUGGUGUGGUCUUGGCUAGCAUCUCAUCAGGCCUAGGGGAGGUCACCUUCCUCUCACUCACCGCCUUCUACUCCAGGGCUGUAAUCUCCUGGUGGUCCUCGGGGACUGGGGGAGCAGGGCUGCUGGGGGCACUGUCCUACCUGGGCCUCACCCAGGCUGGCCUCUCCCCCCAGCACACCCUGCUGUCCAUGCUGGGUGUCCCUGCCCUGCUGCUGGCCAGCUAUUUCCUGUUGCUCAUGGCUCCCAAGCCCCAGGACCCUGGAGGGGAAGGAGAGGCAGAGACAUCAGCCCGGCAACCACUGAUAGGCAGUGAGGCCCCGGAGUUGAAGCCAGGCUCCAGCCCCAACCUCUCCCUUCAGGAAAGGUGGACUGUGUUCAAGGGCCUGCUGUGGUACAUCAUCCCCUUGGUCCUGGUGUACUUUGCCGAGUAUUUCAUCAAUCAGGGACUUUUUGAGCUCCUGUAUUUCCGGAACACAUCCCUGAGUCACGCUCAGCAAUACCGCUGGUACCAGAUGCUGUACCAAGCUGGCGUCUUUGCCUCCCGCUCUUCUCUCCGCUGCUGUCGCAUCCGCUUCACAUGGGCCCUGGCCUUUCUGCAGUGCCUCAACCUGGUCUUCCUGCUGGCAGAUGUAUGGUUCAGCUUCCUGCCAAGCAUCUACCUCGUCUUCCUGAUCAUUCUGUAUGAGGGGCUUCUGGGUGGCGCGGCCUAUGUGAACACCUUCCACAACAUUGCCCUGGAGACCAGUGAUGAGCACCGGGAAUUUGCCAUGGCAACCACCUGCAUCUCUGACACCUUGGGAAUCUCCUUGUCGGGGCUCCUGGCCUUGCCUCUGCACGACUUCCUCUGCCACCUUUCCUGACCCUCAGGCUCCCUGGGACACAGAACACACUGACUUGUGGGCAGGCGGGCAGGCCAGACACCCAGGCCCGCCCCAGAGCCCAUCCACAGCUCUGCUCCACCUUCCCCCAGGGCUGGGGGUAGGGAGGUGCUAGGGCCUGGCUCCCCCUGCAAACGUGGCAACCAGUGUCUCCCACUCCCAAUCUGGUCUCAGGGAGCUGCUGCUUGGUAUUAUGCCCUCUGAAUAAAAGCCUAUUUUAUCCAGUGA